AUGGUGCCUCGCCGCAUUCCACGCCUCCGGGCUGUGGUCGAGAGCCAGGCCUUCAAGAACGUCCUGGUGGAUGAGAUGGACCUGAUGCAGUCUCAUGCAGCCACCCUCAUCCAAGCCAAUUGGAGGGGCCACCGGCUCCGGCAGAAGCUGAUUUCCCAGAUGUUGGCAGCUAAAGCCAUCCAGGAGGCCUGGCGACGCUUGCAUACCAGGCGCCUCCUCCGGUCUGGCAAGGAAGUGGAGAAAAAAAUGAGCAUGGACGAGGGGGAUAUCCCUUACCAUCCCCCCCAGCAGGUGCGGUUCCAGCCUGCAGAAGAGGGCAAGCUCCUCCCUGCCCCACCUGUCAUGGUGAGUAGGGAGACCCAAUCUCCUUCUGCUCCCGUCUCAGCUGCCUGCACCCACCAGCUGACCCUGGGGCAGCCUCCAGGCAUUCCACAGCCUGGCGUGCAGGCUCCGUGUGCCACUGGAGGCCCAAACAUCACUUUCCAGCCACAACAGACUAUCUCCAUGAGACUUCCAUGUCCAGCGAGUCCAGAUGCAAAGAACCACCCACGUCUGCUAGCAAGAACUAUCAGAAGUACUAGUCUCAUCCACACAGAAGGUGACACAAUGAGAACCAAGCAAGUGAUUACCAGAGCCAACAAGGGAGGAGCCCUGGGGCCACCACCAUGUGGAAGGUGUGCCCAGGAACUUCACAGACCCCUCAAGACCCAGACCCAAGGCCCUGUGGAAGCAGAGGUCCUCAAAGCCUCACCCCACACAGGCCAAGCAUCCGUGAUGACCAAGACCCCACUCCAGUCGUGUUUGGCAUCCAUGAUGAACAAAACCCUACCCCAGCCUUGCCAAGCACCCACAGUAACAAUAACCAAGACCCCACCCCAGGUAGACCAAGCAACUCCAGUGGUCAAGACCCCGCUCCAGUCAUGCCUGGCAGCAAUCUUGAACAAGAACUCAGCCCAGCCAUGCCCGGUACCCUCAAUAAUGAUAACAAAGACCCCACCCGAGCCGUGCUUGGUGGCUCCAAAGACCAAGACUCCAGCUCAGAUGCGACCAACAGCCUCGAUGACCAACACUGCAUCCCAGACACAACCAGCUGCUAUGUUGGCCAAAAUCUCACCCCAGAUAUGCCUGUUGACGUCAAUGAUCAAGCCUCCAGCUCAGACAUGCCCGGUGCCCAUGGUAGCCAAGACCCAGCCCCAGACAUGCCAGGUCCCUGUGAUGCCCAAGACUCCACCCCAGACAUGCCAGGUACCCAUGAUGGCCAAGACCCGGCCCCAGACGUGCCCAUCAGCCACAAUGGCCAAGACUCCACUGCAGACAUGUCCAGUGGCUACAAUGGCCCAAACCCCAUCUCAGACACUCCCAGGGGCCUCGAUGACCAAGAUCCCUCCCCAGACACGUCUGACAGCCAUGAUCACCAAAACGCCAGCCCAGUUACGUUCAAUGGCCACCAUCCUCAGGACGCUGUGCCAGACCCCUUCUGCAGCUGGAAAUCUGAAGGCUUCACCUCCAGCAGUUGUGGCAGCUGGGAUUCCCAACACCUCAUCGCAUACAUGUCUGAAUAGACCAAAGGCCAAGGCUGUGGUGACUGGGAGGCAGACAGCUGGCAUGGUCAAAGUCUCAUCCCAUUCACACUUGACUGAGGGAAAGGUGAAAUACUGCCCCCCACCACAUUUGGGGGCUGGGGCUCCCAAGGCUCUGGCUAGGCCUUCUUUGGAAGGUGAGAAAAUGAAGGCCUUCUACCAGAAACAGGUGAAAACAGCAACCAUGUCUAACACCAGUGUGGCCAAGGACAGGAGCAAGGUCUUAUCGCAGGCACAGCUGAAGAAAGAUGUUGUGAAGGUUCAGUCCAAGGUGUACAUGCCUGUAGAAAUGAAUGUGGUUCUACCCCAGGCACAGCUGGGCACCCGUCCAGCUAAGGCCCUGCCCCAGGCACAGAUGGCCACCUGUUCAACCUCAGCCUCAUCCCGUGGACAUCUGUUUGCCAAGCUGUCUGUAGCCCUGCCCCAGGCAAAUCUGGGCACCUGUCUGUCCAAGCCCCCACCCCAGGCACAUCUACCUGCCAAGCUAAGUAAAGCCCGGACCCUGGCCCAUCAGGGCACGUGUCCAAUCAAGACGCAGUCCCGGACGUAUCUGACCACAGGAGUGAUAAAGGUCCAGUCUCAAGCAGAUCUGCCAACCAGGCAGACCAAGGCCCAGUCCCAAGUGCCGCUGGUCCCAGAGACAGCCAAGUGCCCCUACACUGCCCAUCAGGCCACUGAAGAAGGCAAGACUCAGUCCCAGCCACCCCUGGCUGGGUUCAAAGCUUCUGCCCAGCCCUGCCAACAGGCUGGCCCUUUUGGCACUUUGUCCCGAGCCAAGCCAGAGGAUAGACUGACCCAGCUCCCAGCCCAUGGCUAUGCCCAGGGUAAAGCUCCCCAGGGCCCACACCAGGAGGCCUCUGAGACCCAGAGCAUGCUGGUGCCUCUGCUGGCAUCCACUGGACAUCUCACAUGCAACGUUGAAUCCUGUGGUGACAGCGGGACCGCCUGGGCCCAGCCAUCAACCACCAGCCCAGCUGCACCCUGUCAGGAGGAGCUGGUGGCCUCCCAGCUUGCCUCACUGUGUGCUGAGCUGGCCGCUGUGCUGGGCUCUCAGGAUGACCUCCGUGAUCUGCUGGCAAAAGCUCUCUCCCAGGGGGAAGUGAGGGCAGCACUGAACCAGGCCCUGUCCAAGGAGGUCCUGGGCACCAUGAUGGCCAAGGUCCUGCCCCAAGGCAUGCUGGGCACAGCACUGGUGAAGGCGCUGUCCUGGGGCGAGCUGGGCGCUACACUGUCCCGUGCCCUGUCCCGGGGUGAGCUGCGGGCAGAACUCACUAAGGCCAUGCAGGGCAAACUGGGGGAUAUGCUCAGCAAGGCUCUGACGGAAGAGGAGUGGGCCACCCUGAACCAGGCCCUGUGUCAGGGUGAGCUGGGUGCCAUCCUGAGCCAGUCCUUGUCUCAGGCGGCCCUGAGGAGUGGACUCAUCCUUCCUAAGGCUGCCUCGAAAACAUUGGAAAGUGGGAUGACGGUGACACCGGCCCCAGUGGAGGUGACCUACAGGGGGAGCCCGUCAGCUGCGUGGGGGCCCACCCUGGGCUGUGUGAGACCACAGACCAGCAAGGGCCCCGUGGAUGCUGGUGUGGUUGGUGGCCAAGCGUGGAAGCGAGCCUGGGCGCCAGUCGGGUGCACUGCGCCAUGGGACACCGUGGGCAGCAGGGCAGCAGUGGAUCCAAGACGGCUGGGCGAGCUGGUAGCGUCGGUGCAGACUGUGGAGAAGAUAAUAGUGCAAGCUGUGAUCACUAUACAGGCAUGUGCACGUGGCUACCUGGUUCGCCGUACCAUCAGGGUGUGGCACCAGUGGGCUGUCAUCAUCCAGGCUGCCUGGCGUGGUCACUGCACGCGGCGGAACUUGGCCCAGCUCUGCAGAGCUGCCACAGUCAUCCAGGCCACCUGGCGUGGCUACUUCACCCGACAGAGGCGAGCCCAGCAAAUGCUGCUCCCUGCCACGUGGGCUGGCGUGGGCGACAGGGUCCGGUCAACCUCCAACCACCGCUGCUUCCAGUCCUGCCAGCCAAAGGCCUGCACCCUCUGCCAGUCGCUGAGUCCCCGGCUGGGGAGCCUGCCCAGUGCAGUGAUGCUUGUGGGUUCCAGCCCUCGCACGUGCCACAUGUGUGGCCAAACGCUGCCCACACGGGUGGUACAGGGCAUGGGCCAGGGCAGUACAAGCCAGGCGGGCACGCCAUGGGGCCGUGACACCCAGCUGAUCCUCCAGAGCCCUCGGCGGCAGCUCCUUGGCCAGAAUAAGGCAGCCAUCAUCAUCCAGUCCGCCUGGAGGGGCUUCAUUGUGCGUCGCCGGCUGAGGCAGCAGCAGGUAGCAGCCAAGAUGCUCCAAGCCACCUGGCGUGGCCACUAUACUCGGGCUUCCCUCACCACAGAUGCACUCUUGGGACCGGCGGCGUGGGACAGCCCACAGAACAUGCAGUGGCCAGGAGUCUAG